AUGGUCAAAGAUGUUCCUGAGUGUCAGGCUUCAGUGACUGUAAGAAUAGUGACAUCAUGUAAAGAGUUAGGAAAUUUAGAAGCAAAGGCAGAUUUUAGAAGAGCACCUAGAAAAGGAAACCACAGACCUAGCAGCCGGCGUGGGCUCCCCACGAUCAAGUUCUGUGCGAUUAACUUCACCCAGGAUGCUGACAGUCAGCACGCCAUUUGGCAAGAGAAAGGACAAUGCAAUUGCAGAGAAGGCCUGGUCGGACUGCAGAUCCUAUCCCUCUUACUUGAUGCCAGGCCAACAGGACACCUUCUCGGAGGGACCUCAAAGCAAGCUACUGAGCAGCAAGAGAAUUUGCCUCGCAGCCGGGAGAACGUGUCGUCUUUGCUGCUGCCGUUUCGAGGAGACUCGUCGGCAAGCAGCUGUGGCUUGCGCGUGAGCAUAUGGCCGGGCCAGUGUGGCCCAGAUUUCACUCGAGUGCCCUUAAUGAGCCAGCAGCUGCUUCUGCCGCUGCCGCGCUGUCCCUGCCCCCCUGCCCCGGCCCCGCCCCGCCGUCCUCAGCAAUCUGCUAGGCAGGCGGAGCCGCUCAUCCCUCCAGCUGCUGGGAACAGGGUGGGGGCAGGAUCAGAGGCACUUCCCCUCCAACGAUCCUGCUGGGACCGGGCCUCCACCGUGAUGGGCGGCACGUGGAGCUCCCGGACUGGCCAGCCCCUCCUCACCCCCCACCUUGGAACUUGGCAAUGGCUCUGUAAACACAAGGCAUAAAAUAGGGGUGCCUGGGUGGCGGUUAAGUCGAUUAAACGUCAGACUCCUGAUUCAGCUCAGGUCUUCCUCUCACGUUGGUGAGUUCGAGCCCCAU